AUGGCCACGACUUUGACUCAGUCGUCCCACAACCCAUUUCGCUCGCCAAAUAAUGUUUCACCAAACUUGACCGGUUCUCUCAACAGCAGUUCAGCCCAGCCGACGAACAAUAAUCAAUCGGGCUCAGGACAAACUGGGUCGGCCAGCUCUGCUGCGCCUACAGCUCCGGAAACCAACUCAGAAUCGACACAAAUGACCUCGACAGCCUCCAACGUUCCACACAGGACAUUGCCGGUGGAGGAUGAGGAACUUCCUCCGGCGUAUACCCCAGCUCCUGACGUGCAGCAGGGCGAAAGCACUCUCGAAUAUGGUCCUUCCAGACCCCACCAACGUCCUCCUCCGCGACCUGCACCUGCACCCAUUCCUGUACCGACACCUCCUGCUUCCACGCAUCCUGUCUCCCCGCACUCAACAGGUAGCAGCACGCAACGAUUAGGCUCAUUGUGGGAUCAACUGACAGGGCAACUACAAGAAUUCGCCAAUAUCGCAAACGACCGCGUCGGGCGAAUGAGUUCGCCUCAUCGCUAUGGAAGCAGUUAUCCAACCCCUGGAGGUUGGUCGUCUUAUCCCGGUGCCCAUGCCCAAGCUUCACCGUAUUCUUCACCCCAAGGGCCUCCUCCGUUUCCACCGCGGGCCGCGGGUGGUGCUGGUAGGCCCGCGCCCCCUCCGCAGCAUCCUGCAUCGCAUGGACACUCGCAGUCGGCUUCGAAUUUGUCACAGCCUCGACGGGAGGCUGAGAACAGGCGUGCAUCGUCCGACUUUGUGCGGGAUUUCUACGCUGCUGGGGAUUCGGUCCCUCCAGAGUUGAUGUCGUCCGGCGAGAAUCGUGGAGCGGGGCCUAGUUCUAAUCCUAAUGUGCCAGGAAAGCCUACUACGGAGCCUACCCCGGGUCAUCCUUUACUCAGGGAUGGAAAGCUUCUUGUGUAUCCUAAAGGAUAUGAAUGCGAAAAAUGUCAUAACAUUGGGUACAAACUCCCAUCGAUGAAGCCUUGUAAACGGUGUUGGCCCAAGUACGGGAAACCGUUUUCGGGUCCACUUGCUUACUCGUUUGGGGAUCCCAACGCGUCGAAUGCGACGAACUUCCAACGGCCUCUUCCUCCAAGACAACGGCCACCGCCUCCUCCACGCCCCUCGUAUGGCAGCUCGAGUUUCCCUUCGUCAGUCUUCCGAGCACCGCUCGUUUCGCCCUCGUAUCGUCCGCAAACUGUUGUGAUUCCGGGACAUGGACAUGGAUAUCCUCAUGCGGCGGCUCCUGGACGACCACCUGCAGGCUCGGUCGUGUAUAAUGCUGGCGACCCACGUAUUGGAGGGAAUCGCUGCUGGAGGUGUCAUGGAAGUGGGACGAUUAGUUUGUUGAUCAUAGAUCGAGAACAGUGUCCGGUAUGUGGUGGGAUUGGAAGGACAUUUACAUAG